AGGCAGACUCCAACGAGGUUCGCUGUAGAACCUGCUUAAAGUGUUCGCUCUUAAAAAUAAAAAUAUAAAAAAAGGACCCUCAAAAGACAUAAAUUGGGAUAAUAUUUGUGAUUUAGUUUUAAAUCACUAGCUUGGGUUUUAACAAAACUCCUCAGAAUAACUUAUACUUUUCAUCACCACUCUUCGGAUUUGUCUGCUUCUAAGAGUUGGGCGACCCACUGCGGAGGGGAGACGACUUUUCUGAAGUCAAGCCUAUGACCAGGGCAUUAUCAACUGCACAAUUAACAUCACUAUUUGGUCGACUUCGGUGUGAACUUUGCACUAAACAUGGCACCUAACGUAUUUCUUCUUGCGGCGGACAAUAGUCCCGAGUUACUACCAAUACUUCAAGAAACGCCCUCACUAGCCUCUUCUCAGGACGAACAUGGAUACUCAUUAAUCCAUGCUGCCGCCAGUUACAACCAUCUUGAUCUUUUAAGACGCCUUGUCCAAGAUUUUAAUGUCGAUGUAAACAUUAAAGAUGAGGACGACGAGACAGCACUUUUUGUGGUUGAAACUGUUGAUGCUGCCAAGGUUCUCGUUGAAGAGCUGGAUAUUGACCUCAAGCACCGCGGCGCAGAUGGGGCGACUGCACUGGAAAGGAUCGAAACUGAAAACGAGUUCCCAGAAGUGGCUUUGUAUCUGCGCCUCAAGUUGGGUAUUUCUACAUCGCUCCCUCUUGCUGGGGACAACUCCUCUGCAUUAUCUUUGCCCCAGGGUAUGAAAGUCACGGUUGGCACUAUGAACGAGGAAACAGAUAUUCCGACUGAGGUGGAUGAAGGGUAUCGUCGACGUAUCGAAGAACUGGCUCAACGUGAUGAUUUUCAUAGUGAACAAGGCCAGGCUGACCUCCGAGCCUUGGUGGAGGAAGCCUUGGCUGGGGAGCAUCAGUCUACAGACGAGAGGAACGUACGGUCUAGACUCAAGUAGGAUAAUAUUAAUUUGGGUUGUGGUUGUGGUUGAUUUUUGUGAUGCUUUAAUUUCCAGACGCCCAAACUGUCACGCUGUCCGCUCUAUCCUUGUUCCCUGUGUUGUUUGUAUAUUUUCAUCUAACCAACCCACAUCUCGACGCUGCGUUCAGACGAAGUUCUGAUCCACCCCCAC